AUGGCGUCAUACAUCGUGGCAGGAGAGGAGGGAUAUGCAGAUCUGAGUGGUAUAGCUCCCAGUGGGGAUGGCCAGGAGGUGACCUCUUGGAUGGCUUUGGGUGUUUGUAGAGCUCCUGAUCAAGCAGGAAGUCUGCAAUGGUGGAGCAGCCGUACAGAAGAUGAGAAGAGCAACCUGAUUGCUUUGACAUCAGCAGCUGCAGCGCUACUCUUUGCAUGUAUUUAUGUGCUGAUAUGGUAUAUGAUGGGGAAAAGGAACUGGUUUCAACUCUCGAAAAAGAAUAGCAGCACCACUGAAAGGCAUUACGAGGCCAUGAUAAUAUCUUAUGGAUCCCUUGCUCCCAAGAGAUUCACUUACUCAGAAGUAAUGAAGAUAACGUCUUCUCGCAAUAAGCAGCUUGGUAAAGGUGGUUAUGGUGUGGUCUUCGAAGGAAAGCUACAUGAUGGUCGUCUUGUUGCUGUGAAAUUCUUGCAUGAUUGCAAAGGAAACGGGGAAGAGUUUGUUAAUGAGGUUAUGAGCAUUGGUAGGACCUCUCAUGUCAAUAUUGUUAGCAUGUUUGGAUUUUGUUUGGAGGGAUCAAAACGAGCUCUUGUAUAUGAGUACAUGUGCAAUGGUUCCCUGGAUAGAUACAUUUACUCAGAGAAUCCAAAAGAAAUUUUAGGAUGGGAGAGGCUCUAUGCAAUAGCUACCGGGAUAGCUCGUGGACUGGAAUAUUUGCACCAUAGCUGUAAUACACGGAUCGUCCAUUUUGACAUUAAGCCUCAAAAUAUCCUUCUAGAUCAGGAUUUUUGCCCAAAAAUUGCUGAUUUUGGUCUUGCUAAAUUGUGUCGUACCAAGGAGAGCAAGCUUUCAAUGAUUGGUGCUAGAGGAACAAUUGGAUUCAUUGCUCCAGAAGUUCACUCACGAAACUUCGGACUUGUUUCAACAAAGUCAGAUGUUUAUAGUUAUGGAAUGAUGUUGCUAGAGAUGGUUGGAGGAAGGAAAAAUGUGAAAUCAUUGGCUGAAAAAUCCAGCGAAAAGUAUUUUCCAGAUUGGAUUUAUGACCACUUUGCUCAAGAUGAUGGAUUAGAAGCAUGUGAAGUUACAAGUGACAUUGAGGAAAUUGCAAGAAAGAUGACCUUGAUUGGCUUGUGGUGCAUACAAGUAUUACCUGUGUAUCGCCCUACUAUAACAAAAGUUCUAGAAAUGUUCGGCAGAAGCUUAGAUGAUAUGGCCAUGCCACCGAAGCAGAAGUUCAGUGGACUACUCGAAAGUGCAGCUCAUAAUAUGAAUGUAGAAAGUGCAAGCUCUAUGACAUCUGAGGAGAUAAGGCUUGUGAAUUCAGGAAAUACACAACAAUUUCCACCUCUUUGAGAAGGUAACCUGUAGCAGAGUAUGUUUAGAAACUGAACAGGCUCAACUAAGUUUGACUUGUAUGAUAAUCAUUAAGGAAUUGCUAAUGCAUAAUUGACUAGAAAUUCCAAUAUAUAAAUUACUCAGUCUUCCAAUUUUGUUUGAAGAAACCAAGUAAGAAGCACUUUAAGAUUAUAGAGAAGGGCCAUGUUAUGGAAAUCUAGCAGUGGUGAAAUCAAAAGAUUUAGUUUAUGUGCAAUAGACGUUUAUUCCAUGUGUUGUGUCUGAAUGACCUAGAGUAAUGGGUGGCUCUAUCUGUAAAGCAUGCUUCUCUGAUUAUAAAUAAAACUCAGAUAAAUGUCUUGUUGAGCUAAAGUUCCAUUACGGAAAAGCAUUGUCCAUGUAAGGAAAUAAUCACUGCAUGACUAGAUGGGGGUUAUAUUGACUAACACAUUAUGUUUUUUUUUCAGGCUGGUAGUUGGGAAGGGCGUGUCAAACAUAAGAGGCACAA